GGGAGCUGUUUGCCCAGGCACCAAUUACUGAGUACCCCGGUGUUUCAGUGGAAACGGUCAGCGACUCCAGCCGAUAUUUUGUUCUGCGCAUACAGGAUGACAGCGGGCGCAGUGCUUUCAUAGGAGUUGGCUUCGAGGACCGAGGGGACGCUUUUGAUUUCAACGUGUCUUUGCAGGACCAUUUCAAAUGGGUGAAACAGGAGAAUGAAAUCAGUAAAAAUGCCCAUCUAGUGGAUUCAGGACCAAAACUGGACUUGGGCUUUAAAGAGGGGCAGACCAUCACACUCAACAUAGGGCAAGGUAGAAAGAAGGAUAAGCCCCGCCCCCUAAGCUCUGGUGGAUUUGGACUCCUCCCACCACCACCUGGAGGAAAGAUAGUCCCGCCUCCUCUGUCAGGCCCAUCCAAUCACAACAUCAUGCCCCAGACAGGAGACACGGCGACAGCCUGCUUGUUGGAGCUGGACAGCAGUAACUCUAACACAGUGGUCCAGUCAAACGCUAGUUCUGAUCUCUGGGGAGAUUUCUCUGCUCCUGCAAGCUCUGUUCCACCUUCAUCACGACCAGAGAAUGCCGGAAACUGGAUGCAGUUUUGAGUCGUCACGUCGGUUGUGAUUUCCAUCCCAUCUGUCGCUUCCUGUGCAUCACACUGAGAGUAACUCCCCGCACUGAUCCCAAAGCAGAGACGCAAAACUCCACAGAGCUGUAGAAACAACGUAAAUUUCAAAUAUUAUUCACAGGAAAUGAAGCAUUAACAUGUUUAAAGCCAUUACAUAAUGAGCCAUUUUCCCCAAAAAUAUUGAAGGGCUAUGUGUGGCGUCCUGAGUAGCAGGUGUUCCUCUUUUCUGUGUCUGCAUCGCCUCCCCAGCAGAUGGCUCUCUGAGCAGGGCUUUAUCUUGGAUCUGGAAUGUUUUGUCACUGCAAAGGCUUCCUCUGAAGAGAGGCUUUCUGAAACCUGCUGUGAAUACUGUACAAAAAGAUGCAAAGCUCAGUUUAAGUGCAAGCUACUUUAACAGUGUCUUUGCUGUUCUAAAAUUGACCAUUUGAUCUUUGUGUAUUAUAAUUUCCAAAUUAAAUUAGAAGUCUAUAGAGAGAACAGUUUAAGGGCCAUUCCCCCCCCCCCGGCCCUCCAAUCUUGCAAUAGCUCUUCAUUAGGAUUUUUGAAACAGGGAAUACAGUAUAUUACUCAUUCCGAUCCUCACACUGAAUUGUGAUUCAGUAUGGUCUUGAUAAGUCUCAGAAUAUCUGUAUUUCAAACAACUAAGUCUAAUAUGUGGUUUCUUUACACAAUGCUAAUGCUAGUUGAUUUUGGGUGCAACUGAAAACAUGGUUAGCUUUGUGGCAUAGGAAAAUGAGGAUUUCCAAUAAAUGCAGAUGCAACCCUCUGCUUAAAUCAGCUUUAUUAUGCCUUCUGCCAGUAUUUAUCGCCACAGGAUCUAGGAAAUAUCACUAUUUACUGUGUCAGUAAAAUGUCUGUGCCUGCUGAAAGUGGGAUAACAUACUAAUAUCAGAUA